UUUUUAACUCCAACCGUUUUAGUCUGUCCGUAACAAAAUCUCAGACAGUAAAAAAAAAAACAUGCACAGACAAUUCCAAAUUAAACCCUGCUGCUUGUUGAUGUCCUAAGACACGAAACGAUCGGUUUAUGCGAGAAACAGGACUGUAUUUAUAUUAUUUAUACCUCUAAUACAGCGCUUCUUCUUUUGAGUUUUAAUGGCGGGUUGCGAAGCAACUUCAUAGUUGCAUACUGCCAUCUACUGUAUCGGGUGCACGGCUUGAGGGCUAUACUCGGCUCAGACCCUUUUGCCAGUAUGAAGCCGAUUUCAACGGUUACUGCAGAAAGCGUCAGCACGUACGCUCAGCUCAUCACUGGAGGGGCGUGUGCACAACGGGUGAGAUAAAACCUCAACGCCUGACUGAAUCAUCCCUUUUCGACGCCAUACGUUGAACUUGAGAAUGUAUCAUAUCGUGGAGUUUGUCAAUUCAAAGGAGGUUGAAGUUGUCCACUCUAAUUGGCUGGAAGGAGGCAAAAGUUUCUGGCCCCCUUUUGUAUCUCUUGCAAAGCUCCGUAGGGCAACUAAAGAUGGGGUGAUGCCAGGUGCUGACUGGACUCGAUUCAGAGUCCGUGUGAUGUAUUCACAUGACGUGUAUGAGAUUGCCUGUGCAAAGCUGCUAGAGGCAACAAUUACCUCUGAUCUAAAUACUGAAGAUGAGGACAACAGGCCAGAGUACAUGAAGAGAAAGAAUAGAGAAUGUAAAAGAAUUGUAAGCAGCAGUGAAGAGGAGGAAGAGGAGCAGGGAAGGACCGCUGCACUUCGUGCCCCAACCAAAAAGAAAACUUACACUCAACUUGCACCAGCCCCCUGCAUCCCAUCUCUUGGUGCUCUAGGUGAAUGGAGUCAGCCAGCUGGUCAAGGUUUUUGGUCCCCAGGCCAUAUUUCAGAGACCACAGUGGAUCCCCCUUCUGAUGCAAACAACUCGGCAGCAAGUCCGCGGGCUUCUCCCCUUUCAGCGAACAUCACAGCGCUUAGUCCACCAUCGUGGUCUCCAGUCUCCAUUACCAACAGCCUGAGUGCUACACCUACUGACACCCCAACCCAUGCAGCAGCUGGCAGAAGUCAGUCAUCAGACCAAACUGGAUUUCAACUCACACCACAAGUAUAUGACACACAACACAGGUCUUCUCGGGAGGCUGUGCCUACAGCAAUUGCUAAGGAGAUUCUCAUCCAGCUCGAUUCUAUUAGGGAGCAGCAGUUGCUCAUCCUGGUGCAGCUCCAAAAAAUCUCCAGCAGUCAAGCAGUUCCAGACUUCACGCCAGACCCAACACAUUUUGGGCCCCCACUUUCAACUAUUGAGGAGCUCCAAUGUUUGGAGGAGACAUUAAAGAAUCCAGAGGAGAAGAAGAAUUUGACUGUUCUUCUUGGAAUGGUCGGAGGCAUGACUCUUAAAGACACAGUGGGGCGGGUCCUGAAAAGAACAAUGAACUCUUCGCUGGCGAGACUCAUUAAUUGGAGUGGGGCCAACCGAAAGCCUGCAUUCAAAGGGCUCACUUUGAAAAGUGUGGUUCUUGAUGCAGUCCGCCGGAAUGCCCUGACCAAAGAUAAUACAGAAAAGGAGAUAGAGCUCCUCAUCACCAGGUGGCUGCAGCUAGCAUCUGAUAGGGAUGGUGGCAGAAGCCAGAGGGCGAAUAGACAGACAAUGAAUUAAACUGUUUUAAAAUUUAAAAUGUUGAUAUUGGAAAAUUCGUAUUUGAACUGAUUGAUUUUUUUUUUUUUUGUGCGUGUGUGUGAGAGAAUGAGAGAGAGAGAAUGUGUGUUCAAGUAAAUAAAAAAUGCAUUAAACAUGAAAUCCUUGUGCUUCCUUGUGUGUUUUAUUUUCAGUUAUGUUGCAUAACGGUUGCUUAGCAAUUUUAGUAUUAACCAAUCAAUAAAAUCAAAGUUUAAACAAGCCCAAAUAAGGAACGGGAUUGGAGGGGAGCUUACGUUCUCUCACUCGGGGUUCCGCAAUCGGG